AUGGCGCCUAAUCCUUUGCUCAAUUUGUCUGCAUUUCUCAACUGGGUUUGGGAUUUCUUGAUCCACCUCUCCUUCUUCCACCAUCAGACGGUGUUUCCGGUGACGGAAAACAGCCUAACAGAUCCCCCGACCGGCGAGUUGGUCGAGUGUGCAGUGUGUUUAUCGAAUAUCAAAGAAGACGAGGAGAAAGGGGUGCUGAGAUGUAAGCAUUUGUUUCACCGGAAAUGCUUGGACCGUUGCCUCGAACACCGGCACACGACUUGCCCCUUGUGUCGGGAUUAUCUCGUAGCGCCUCGAAUGGUUUGCGAGCUCGGUCGAGAACUCAUUGUGUUCAACUUUUGUGAUGGUAAUGGUGGUUCAGGAGAUGACCAUUUUGAUCAGUGGUGGCUACGUUGA